CCUCGCACAUGCCUGGUGCACUCAUUAGGGGGGAUGUGCUCGUGCAGCGUACACGUCGAGGUGCAUCCACGGCACCUUCUCUCUGUCGGUGCCACCCCUAGUUCCCUCAGUCGCGUUCCGCGGCCAAGCUGGUUCGCACGACGCUGCGAUUUCUCCUCCGGUGCCGUAGCCGUAGCCGUUGCCGUUGCCGUUGUUCUAGUCGUUGCUGAUUAACAUUGCUGCUGCUGCUGCUGCUACUACUAUUGCUGUUGCUGUUGUUGCUGUCGUUGCUGCUGCGUGUCGCGUUACAUCCCAACGUAUAUUCUUCUUCUGUGUCGUUAAUCUUUAUCCGUAUUAUCGUAAUCGUAAUAAUAAUCGUAAUAAUCGUCAAGAAGGAAGGAAAUUCCGAAGAAGGAACUAAAAGGAAAGUAACAAAGAAACAAACAAAAAAAACAAAAAAAAAAGAAAAAGAAAAGACGUGAUCGAUCUUUUGCAACCCCUUUCCUCUUCCCAGUUGUCGUCCUCAUUUUGAUCGUCGUCGUCGUCGUAGUCGUAGUCGUCGUUAGUUGGUGGUGGUGGCUCGUGGGAUCCACUUCGAUUUGAAGCAACCCCUCCCUCUCUUUUCUCGUCGUCGUUGUCCGACGUGGCGUGGCGUGGCGCGCGCGCGGCCCCGCGCGCGGGAGAUCAUGGCCGGGACAAGUUGAAGGUCACCUCUUACCGAUUAUUACCGUUCGGGGAAUACAUUAAUAUUCGCGUUGGGUUGUCGACGUCUUUAACACUAACUUUUUCUCAUUUCCCCCUUCAGUCCUCGUCCGAAAAGAGAAAGGGAGAGAAAAAGGGGAAGAAGAAGAGUGUGAAUUUUGAAGAAGACUGUUGACUGAUUAUUAUUAUUAUUAUUAUUCGUCGUGUUGUUGCUGUCACUAAUCCCCCCCGUUGAAUUCGGUAAAAUAUAACUUUUUUUUUGUUUUGAUAAACUAGUGAAAGACGAUUGAAAAUAAAAGGAGAAGAAUUGUUUUGAUAAUUGAUUCGUCCUUGAAGAUAGAAAAUAAUCGAGAUUCGACGUCUGGAAGAUUUCGUUUCGUCGAUUAUACGAAGAAAGGAACAGGAACAGGAAGAAGAAGAGGAAGAGGAAGAAGAGGAUAAGGAAGAAGGAAUCUCUUCGUGGGGGAAGAAAACAAACGACCGAUUAACUUCCGGACUGUUUCUGUAAGCUGCAAUGUAACGUGCGCCGCCUCUGGCAAUCCCGGGGGCCGAGGAGGUUUCAUGUUCACGAAUUUCAGUAAACCAGGUAACGAUGCGCCAAAUUGCCGUCCGCGAUUAUUAUCAUCGCCAUUGACGGCGAAAACGGCGCGUCGAUUUCGAUACGUCAUUUAAUAAUAUUAUUAUUAUUAUUAUUUUAAAUCAUAUAUUUCGCGCGACACUGUUUAUACCGGUAAACGAAAUUUACCAGGUUUCUUUGUCGCCGAGGACGGGACUGUUAUAACGAGCCUUUUUUUUUUUUUUAAUUAUUAUUAUGAGAGAAAGAGAAUGAUUCAUUUGUUGUAUCACGAAAAUAUCUAUUUAUUGGAUCCAUCCUGAACGCAUUUUCUUGACUACAUUUUCUUCGUCCGAAGAUGAGGAGAAGCAAAAGAAAAAAGGAAAAAUUCAAGUAAUAUUAUAUCAAUUGUUCAUUUAUUAUAUUUAAAAUCUAUCUAAUCGUCAUUUGAAAUCAAUCUUUAGAUUUGUUUUUGUUGUUUUAUACAAUUUUAUCGAUUACAAAGUAUAUUCCUCGAGAUUUUGUUUUAUUAAACUGUUGAAAUUGAACGAAAACGUUGAUCUAUAUAUUUUUGAAAUAUCAUUUUUAUAUUUUUAAUAUCUACUUUAUUUUUUUUUGUUAAAGGGGACUUCUCCUAUAUACGCGACGAGAUCGAAUUCCUUUAACAUCUUUUCUACAUUUUUCUGUUUUACAACGUUAUAUUAAAUUGAUAGAAUUUAUGCGUUACGCUGAUUGAAAAAGAAUAUUUCAAAUCAUUCGAGUAUUUUCAUAUUAUAUUUAUUACAGGGAAAUUAAUUAUUAUCAAAGAUAUAUUUAUCAAAAGGAAAAAAAAGGAAAAAAAUGCAUAUUAUUAAUUAAACGUAAAUAAAAAAAAAUCCUUGAUGAUAUGAAAAGAGACAGAAAAAAAAGAAUCUAACUUCCUUCCUCGUAAAUUUCGAUCAAUAAUUCGUAUCGAUCAGCGUUACCGCAUUUGUGUUUCAAUGAAUUACACGAAUCAUUCGAGUGUAUACCGCAAAAAAAAAAAAAAAAAAAAAAAAAAAAAGAAAGAAAAAAGGAGAGAGAGGAAAAAUAAAACACGGCUUUCAAGAUAUUAUCCGUAUUCCAUAAAAUACGAAAUAUAAUAAAUAUGCGAGUUAUGGUUAUUAAUACGUCCAUUCGAUCAUUUCGAUUUGAUAUAAAACAAUAGAAAAUUUCCACCACAUAGGAAAAAUUAUUAAUCCGAUUCCCAGAUUCUCUCAAAUUCUCUUCUUUUCUCGUAUGAAAAUUUUUGUUGUUGCUGUUGUUGUCGACUCCAUUAAUUUUCUUUUACAUUUAUUUCGUAUUAACGAUUACCACCCUCUUAUAAUUUGAUCUCGUCGCGAUUGAAAAUUAAAAUAUAUAAUUUCUUUAUAUAUAUGUAACGUUAAAAAAAGAAAAAAAAAAAGAAAUAUAUAUUUUGUUAAUUUUUCGUUCGAGUCAAAUCGCAUCUUCAAGAUGUUAUUUUUUGACGGAAAAAGGAAAAAAGAAAAAAAAAAAAAAAGAAAAGUAAAAACAACGAAGGACUUCCUCGGAAGAUUUGAAAGAAAUUUUGCUCGAGAGAGAAAGAGAGUGAGAGAGAGAGAGAUGUUAAUCAACGUUUUUCGUCGAUAAGAUCGAUGUAAAUGGAUACGAUGAAAAAAAAAAAAAUUCGCGAUGAAAAACGCCACGGCGAUGAUAAAACAUGAAUUCCAAGGAAACGAAGAGAAAAGAAACAAAAGAGAAGAAAGGAAGAAAAAAAAAGAAAAGAAUAUCAUAAUACGAUAAACAUUAUCGAUACCUGAUAUAUUCCUGGUUGCGGAUAAUAAUAACCACAAAAAAAAGAAAAAUCCCCAUUCCUGUGACCCCCCCCUCCCUCCCCCCUCUCCUCCGCCCCUCUCCAUAUACUUGACAAAUGUACAAGUUAUAUGUUAAAUUUAAAUCGAACCCCAUCCUUUUGUCACACCAUACCUAAAAUCUAAAAAAUAAACUAAAAAUAAAAGAAGGAACCGUUGAUAAUAAUAUCAUUUGAUUAUCAUAUUUUUCAAACGUAUUAUAUUAAAUGAAAAAGAAAAAUAUAUUUAAAGAGGGAUGAAUUCCCCCCCAAUGAUUAAUCGUUGAUUGCCAAUUCCAAAAGUUAUAUCAAAAUAUAUAAAAUAAUUCAAAAUAAUAGUAUUGGCUUUGAAUAUAUUAAUUCGUCAUCGAUUAAGUUAUAAAUUUUCCAUCAAUCAAAAAUCAUCUAUUAAAAACUCUUCCCUCGAUGUAUUUUACGUAUACGUACCGUAUAUGUGACAACACAAAGGAUAAAAGGAUAUUUAUUUUAUUCUUUUCCGAACGAAGGAAGACAGGACAAAACACAAUAUCAAAGAAUUUAAUUCCACGAAUGUCCGAAGGAAAAAAUUGAUGAUAACCCUAUUGACAAUUGGGAAGAAGAAUCAAUGUGAAAUUACGCAAGGACACGAGUCACAGAUUAUACUGUUGACGUGUUUGUGUUGACGAUUAAACCAACAUCUAUGCAAUACUAUGAACGAAAUGAACGUACACGUGGUGUUGAUAUUAUUCUAUCGAUAUUUACACCUGUUUCGAUCGUUUUAAAAAAAAAAAAAAAAGAAAAAAACAAAUACAAAUAUGUAAGAACGAUCAAAAAAUAAUUUGCCAUCUUGCGAGAAGAAGAUACCUUUUCAAGCCGUCCAAUUGUAGGAAAACAUUUCUUCUUGAAGACGAUACAAAAUACAUUCAAGUGUAUCGAUUUCAUAUUUUCUCUCUCUCUCUCUAUUUCUCUAUGUCUUUAUCUACUAUUGUUAUUUUAUUCGAUCUAUAUUAUAUUAUAUUAACUAACCUUUUAAACUCGAUUAUCGAAGAAUAAUAUCGAAAUCGAGAAUUAUUAUUGUUAUUAUUAUUAUUCAGCCCGUCCUCCCGCGAUCCGAUUGUUGUUGUUGCAUUUGUUGUUGCACACGAUUUUAAUAAAAAUAAUUUUGAAGAAAAUCGAUUAUAAUAUAACAAACAAACACAUUGCGUUUAACGAAAAUAAUCGUCAAUCGAAGAUUCGUCAUUUUUAUCUCUGCCACGCCGGAAGAUCCUAAAAUAAGGAUUUCCGGAAUAAUGUGAUCCGAUUGAAAUUAUUGAAGAAAAAAAAAACAAGAAAUCGAUACGAAUAUUUUUCGUACGAUUUAUUCGAAGAGAUCUAUUUCUUUUUUUUUUUUCAAUGAUUCUCCUCCAAUCCGACGGAUUACUUCCUUUUUUUUUGUUUCUUUCUUAAACUACUUGAAGAUAAUUAGAAAAAAAAAAAUAAAGAAACACUGGAAUGGAGAGGACAACGAGAUUCGAGGGAUUCCUUCGAUCGGAGGAUAUCCACAGGGCUGGGAUUGGAGAUAGACAAGAUGGACCAGCAGUAUUGCCUACGGUGGAACAAUCACCCAGCCAACCUUACUGACGUACUCAGUUCGCUGCUUGCCAGAGAGGCACUUUGCGACGUUACCUUGGCUUGCGUUGGAGAAACCUUUAAGGCGCACCAGACGAUACUCUCUGCUUGUAGUCCUUACUUCGAGACUAUUUUCCUCCAGAACAAUCAUCCCCAUCCGAUAAUAUUCCUGAAGGAUGUCAACGAUACAGAAAUGAAAGCGUUGCUGCACUUUAUGUAUAAGGGAGAAGUUAACGUUAGUCAGCAUGUACUACCGAUGUUCCUCAAAACAGCUGAGGCGUUACAAAUCAGAGGCCUCACAGAUAAUAGUGUAAAUAACAAGACAGGAGAAAAGAGUCCUUCGCCUGAACCAGAAACACAAACUGGUAUCAGGCAUACAGAUUCGCCUAAUCUCCAAUCGCAUCCUGAAAAGAGGAAAAGAAAAUUUUCUGGCAGCUAUGAUGUUUCGCUUACUGGGCCUCCUAGCGAAAGAUUCUUGUCUGAUUCUCAGGUAUCUUCGCAAUGUAAUUAUAAAUCAAGUCCGCCUAUUAUUCCAAAGGUAAAUAAUGCCCUGGGAACAGAAUUAGAGGAUGGUAGUCGACCUAUGUCUCCUGCAUCGCAACCGCAAGCUCCUAUCAAGCAAGAAUUAGACCACCACUUAUCGGAUUUCCAUGACAAUAUAUCUCUCCCAACUAAUGUGGAGUGGAUAGUUCAAAGGGAUGGGAAGAGUGACGAAACAAUGGACGUACAGAACAUGACUCCCAAUCAUCCAGAUUCAACUGUGAUGCGAGUUUCACGAGAAAGUACCAUCAUGGCUGGAGGUUCUUUAUGUAUCAAUGUGUCAGGAACUAUGCGAGAAUUUGAGGAUCAACAUAGCUCUUUGCAAAAUCGUAUCUUUCCUAUAAACUCACAACAUUCUGAAUAUAAGAACGACAAUGUAGGGUCCAAUUUGCAGUAUAUGUCUUUGUCAGAUUAUAGUAAAAAUGUUAAAUUGUCAUCAAUUAAUAACAACGAUCUAUCAAGAUCUAUGAGAGUAAAUAAUUUACAACAGGAAAUGCCAGUGAUACAGUCUACUUUGCGUAACACUUUGCAACGUAAUAUUUUUCAAGGUAGAAGGGCUGGUAAAUUUAAACUCAGCUGGUUAAAUGCAUAUCAGUGGCUUCAAUACGACAAACAGUCAAAUCUUAUGUUUUGCAAAUAUUGUAGAAAAUGGAGCAAUUCCAUUCCAGAAAUACGUACCUCUUUUGCUGCAGGAAAUGGCAAUUUUAGAUUAGAAAUUAUAAAUCAUCAUGAUAAAUGCAAGGCUCACAAACUAUGCGUAGCUAAAGAAAGCGGUACUAAAGAAAAUUACUCUUAUAUUAAAAACACUUGUUGAAUACUCGCUUCGACAAGCAU